AAUAAAAAGUUCAACGUCCAAGAAAGUGUGCGAGGCUCCAAAAUGGAUCUGAAAGAGCUGGCUGCGAACGCGUUGGCCCAGAAUAAGAAAGCGGCUCUUCUGGUCGGCGCAGCCGGAGCUGCACUUCUGGGAUUUGGACUCGGAUAUAAAUACUUGCGAAAGCCAGAAAAAGCCGUUCGCGUGGGCGUAGUGUCGCAGCUCCUCAUUCACCCUCUCAAGUCGGGCAAAGCGGUGCCUGUGAGCGCUGCAGAAUGCCAGAAAAUGGGGCUGAAGGCUGGGGAGCUGGAGGAUCGACACUGGCUGGUGGUGACAGAGGAAGGCAGCAUGGUGACGGCCAGACAGGAGCCCCGUCUGGUCCUGGUGUCUCUUUCCUGCGAGGGGGGCUAUGCUCGCUUGAACGGACCAGACAUGGAGGAGCUGAAGUUCCCAGUUAAGCAGCCGGACAACCCCGUCCCCAACUGCAGAGUGUUUAGCAAGGACAUCCAGGGCAGGGACUGCGGCGACAAAGCUUCUCAAUGGCUCACCAGUUUCCUCGGGGGCGAGAAAGCGUUUCGUCUGGUGCAUUAUGAGCCUCACAUGAAGCCAAGGAGGCCCGCUGAGAGUGAGCCCCUGUUCCCUCAGUAUGAGCAGGUGGCGUACCCAGAUUAUGGACCGGUGAUGCUGCUUUCUGAGGCAUCUGUGAAGGAUCUCAACAGCAAACUGGACCAGGAGGUCACCACCGAGCGAUUCCGCCCCAACAUUGUGAUAGGUGACUGUGAACCAUUCGAUGAGGAUUCUUGGGAAGAGCUCCAGAUUGGCAGCGUGAGGCUGCGGCGUAUACUCUCAUGUGGAAGGUGCGUUAUGACCACAGUUGACCCAGACACGGGUGUGAUGAGCAGGAAAGAGCCGCUGGAAACCCUGAAAAGCUAUCGACUGUGCAAACCGUCGGAGAGACACCUCUACAAAACGGCUCCGCUGUUCGGUCAGCUGCACACCGUGAAGAAGACGGGCGUCCUGCACGUCGGCGACGAGGUCUACAGGAUCACCCGUUAGAUGCAGGGACGUAAUGCCGAAGCAUUUGGAGGGCGUUUGAUGUUGGCACGCCGCGCAUGUCUGAAUCAGAAGGUUUUAGGAGAUAAAGCGCUGAAAGUGUAGAAUUGAAUGGAUUUUGUGAAGCACAAUGAGACUAUUUUUAGCGUCACGCUUAGAUAAGAUCGCAAAGAAGCUGUAAUUAUGCCGUCUUUUGCUGUAAUUAAUUUUGUUUCUAAUCUGAGCUGCAUUUACGUCUUAAUCACUGAUGAACCAUGAAUAAAAAGCAUUCCUCACACUUGUA